GAGACAGCGAGCACUUUCAGACUAGGGAGAGUGGAGGAAGGAAAAAAAAGUCGGUGUGAAAGAGAGAAUGGGAAACUGACUGAUACACUGCGAAUGGCGAGCCUCGGGAGAGCAGAUGACAAACUAACACAAGGAUAAAAUGUUGCGAGAGUCUUCAGCAGAGUAACACAGACGCUGAGAAGCAGAGAGAGAGUGUGCUGCUGCUGCUCCGCCGCCGUGUUUGGGAUUGUAUCGAUCGCUCGCGGGACAGACGGGAAAGCGCUGUUUCGGAACUCUGCUGCACCCCGUCCCGUGGAAGUACUGAGCCGCUGUCUAAACUCGGCGCUGUCGGUUAGAGGAUCGCUUAAAGAGGCCGGACACCGUACAGCAGGAGCGCUGAACAUCGGACAAAAGUUUGGCCUUUUGGAGACGGGGGUCCGGGAGAGGCCGAGUCUCGCCGCUGCUGAACUGACAACUUAAGCCAGCUUUGCCGAGUGUUCGGGGCAGAUAACUUUCAGCAUGAAAACCCCGGGGGACUCGGGGUUUGCGUUCCCAGACUGGGCCUAUAAGCCCGAGUCGAGUCCAGGCUCCAGACAGAUCCAGCUGUGGCACUUUAUCCUGGAGCUGCUGAGGAAGGAGGAGUAUCAUGAUGUGAUUGCCUGGCAGGGAGACUACGGGGAGUUUGUGAUCAAAGACCCUGAUGAGGUGGCCAGGCUGUGGGGCGCGCGCAAGUGCAAACCUCAAAUGAACUACGACAAACUCAGUAGAGCUCUCAGGUAUUAUUACAACAAGAGAAUUCUACAUAAAACUAAAGGAAAACGCUUCACCUACAAGUUUAAUUUCAACAAGCUGGUCCUGGUCAACUACCCUUUUAUUGACAUGGGCUCUACAGGAGCGGCUGUCCCUCAGAGUGCUCCACCAGUGCCUACAGGUCCACAUUUCCGUUUCCCUCCAUCCACCCCAUCAGACAUGCAGGUGCCCGAGGUGCUGCGUUCCCCCAGCAGUGAAGAGUUGCGCAGUCCUGGGAUGUUCAAUGGCCGCCGUAUCGCUCGAGGAUCUGUCUCCGACUGUAGUGAUGGGACUUCUGUCAACUCUGAGAUUGAGGAUGGAAACGGAGGCGUAUCAGAGGAGAGAGUGACGGAAAGAGUGGCUGAGAGAGGAGGAGGUGGAUUUCGAGGUGCCGUUCACCCUCGUCUGUCUCACGAGGCUAUGUUCAGGAUGUACGGCGGUCCAGGUCACACAGGUCAUCGAGUGUCAGAUGUUGGUGGACACAGGGUGCACCCUGAACCUCUCUCACCGUUCACAGUUUCACCUCUGCCUGGUCCGGGAGGACCAGGCCUGUUGGCACCACCUCUCUCACCAGCACUCUCCAUGACGCCAGGCUCUCACCUGGCCUACACACCUUCGCCUACACUGUCCCCCAUGCCUGGCUCCAUCUUCUCCUUCAACCCUGAGGACAUGCAGCGCUACCUGCAAGCUCACACUCAGAGCGUCUACAACUACCACCUGAGUCCUCGUGCCUUCUUUCAUUACCCAAACAUCAUCGUUCCUCAGCCUCAACGCCCUGAUAAAGGAAUGCACGGACCCCAGGCCUGUGACCGUGGCCCUGUCGAGAGGCCCUCUGUGCUUAAUAGCCAUCACUCCACUCUACCACCGCCUCACGCACACCCUAUUCACCACCACCUUAGUGAGGAGCAGCACCACUCACCCUUUAAGUUCAAGCUCCAGCCUCCUCCACUGGGCAGAAAACAGCGUGAUAGUCAGGGUCGCCAGGGCUCACUGUCCUCCACAUCCACAUCCGGUCUGGGCUCAUCGUUGUCAUUUGGCAGUGACCUCAGUUCAGCCAGCGGAUCAGGACUGGUGUCCAACUCCUCCUCAACGGGCUCCCUAAACAGCGCUGGGUUGCCCAAGAUUAAGGUUGAGCCCAUCUCUGACAUUGAGUCAGAAGAGGAAGUUGAAGUGACUGACAUUAGUGAUGAAGAAGCUGACGAAAGGGAUGAAGAGUUUGACGUUUACCCCCCACACUACCAUAAACAUCACCAUCGUCAUCACCAUCAUCAACACCAUUAUCUUCAUAGCCAAAAGCACCAGCAGUCUAACGGCACUGAUGCUGCUCUCCACCCGGAUGAGGACGAGGAGGAGGAGGUGUUCAAGGCUCCUGCCCCUCCACCCUUCUUCAUCUCUCCCACCUCGUCCUCAGGUAAUGGUCGACGAGGAACCCCUGUUAUAAAGAGCGAACCUGUAGAGCCUGGGGACGCGCAGCUGUCAUCCGGCGGGCUGCCACAAACACAAUCCCAGUGUAUUCCACUGAAGCUCCGGUUCAAAAGGCGCUGGGACCAGGACCAGCACAUGGAAGAGGCGGAGGACAAGAAAGUGAAAGGAGAAGAGAGGGGGAGAGUGAGGAACGGGACUGCGGAGGAGAGUGGAGAGGCGGAGAGCCCACCUCCUCUUGCUCAUCACAGAGUUAGCGCCGAACUCCAUCGAGCCACGGCACAGCUGUCACUGGAGAACAAGGACUGCUGAUACGCAUCCACACAUGUAGACGACUGCUGAUACACAACUCUACAACUGCUGAUGGACCCACACUCACACGUGACUCUCUCUAGAUCAAUGACUGCUGAUACUGACAACAGUAGAACUGACACAUACACUGCACACUUAGACUAACUGACCCUUGCUUAAUCGAAUCCCGCUCCCCCGCAAGCACACGUUCCAGUCCAUCUCAGUGUAACUUUCAUGAGGAAUGAGUUCACCCAUGUGCCCCAGCGACCCUCAGGAGUCAUGAACUUUGACCUUUGGCACUAGAGAAUAUUUUAUAUUUUUUAGAAGAGAAUAUUAUUUUGCAAAGUGCCUGUGAGCUAUCCCUCAAAACCCCACAAAGAGAAGCUAGAGAUGGGCAUCGGAAUGACUGGUCUUUUUUCUUUAGGGAUUUGAUCUCCGUCUCCAGCAUUAUUUUCCUCAGUGACAGACUCUAUGUGAUGUGGUGGGAUACGAAUGCACAGAAAGUCACAAACAGACACUGUUCUAAAACCAGCCUGGUCAGAAGUCCGAACCCUCAGGGACAAAACCCCUCAACACUCACACACACACACACACACACACACAGACACACACUCAGACAUGAUGUCUGUCUUGUUCCCAGUAUGAAGCGUGUGUCUGAUUUGAGUGUGAAUGUGUGUUUCUGAAAUCUAGCUGUGUGUUUUCUCAGGAUAUUUCCCUCCUUUUCUAUCCUAACCAGCUCAGCUUAAUACUUGCUCUCUUUUUCAUUGUCUUUAUUUCCCUCUGGGACCAUACCUGAACCACUUUGUUUCCGUUGGGGAUGAAUGACUCAGGCCAAACAUGCGGUUCAGAGACCAUACUCUUAACUCUCUUAAACGAUUGGUUCUUUGGUAGUUAGGGUUUGAAUUGACAGUCUGAAGGUGAUACUCUUUAGAGAGUUUACAGUUGUUUAGUCCAGAGGUGUUCAAACUCGAUCCUAGAGGGCCGGUGUCCUGCAAAGUUGAGUUCCAACCCUAAUUAGACACACCUGAACCAGCUAAUCAAGCUCUUUCUAGGUCACAGGUGUCAAAUCCAGCUUCUGGAGGGCCGCAGCUCUGCACAGUUUAGUUUCAACCCUAAUUAAACACACCUGAUCAAACUAAUUAAGUCCUUCAGGCUUGUUUGAAACCUACAGGUAAGUGUGUUGAAGCAGGAAUGGAACUAAACUGUGCAGAGCUGCGGCCCUCCAGGAACUGGAUUUGACACCUGUGUUCUAGGUAUACCAGAAACUUCCAGGCAGCUUGUGUUGAAGGAAGUUGAAACUAAUCUAUGCAGGACACCGGCCCUCCAGUACUGAGUUUGGACGCCCCUGCUUUAGUCCUUUAGCGUGAACUAAACCAGCAUCCCCCCUCCACACACACACAAGCUUGUACAGUGAUAUAAGAUUGACCAGAACUCCAUGUCUAACUAUUUUGGCACUUGAUGAUGUACCCCCUUUAAAAGCAAGUGUCAAUUCUGUCCUUUAAUCAAUAUUACAAGUCACAGACCCUUGUGAGAUCCUAAUGUUGACGGGGUGGGGAGUUGGAAGAGCAGAUUCACUCCUUAAUCCUGAUCCCAAACAAUUAAAUACUAACUUAUAGAAAGAAAGCAGAAAUGGAGUAACUUUAUCACAGGGUGUCCAAACUCGGUCCUGGAGGGCCGGUGUCCUGCAUAGUUUAGCUUCAGCUUCCUUCGACACACCUCCCUGUAAGUGUCUAGUAUACCUAGAAGGAGCGCGAUUAGCUGCUUUAGGUGUGUUUAAUUGGGGUUGGAACUAAAAUAUGCAGGACACCGGCCCUCCAGGACCGAGUUUGGACAUACCUGCUCUAUCAUACCCCCAUGAACACACACAUAUACACACACAGCCUUUUAUACCUUGUUUUAAAAGCAUGUUGAAAUAGGAAAUAUAAAAAAUAAAUAAAGAAAGAACAGUAUACACUCAAUAUACCUUUAUAUAUUACUUGUUAAACUUACUACAAACAGAAAGCCUAGCAUUAACAGAUAUAUCAGUUUCAGGGGGUUUUGUAACCGACUUCAUUUCGAGGGGAAGGUUGACUUUUCUCCUCAGGGAUAAUGUCGGGAAAGGGAGGAACAUGUUGCUUUUCUUAUCACAUUAAUAAAAGGUAGGGUAGAGGAGCGAAAGAAUAAGCACGAGAGCUUUGCACCACAGAUGAUGUGGCACAUUCGGAUCUUUAACCAGCAUGCACCUCCUCAACAUCCUGUUCUUACUGCCACAACUGAUGUGUGUGUGUUUGUGUUUAACAGAGGCUGUGGGUCUCCGUGCAUGUAUGUCACACCACACCCAAGGCUGUAAUUCUUUUGAAACCUUGCAUCAUGAACCUCAUAAACCUGUGUGCACUAAAGCCCUGUGGAAGUUCAACACAGGACUCAAGACAUCCAAGCGACGGCCAGUCAGGCAGGAGGCGUGAUAUAAUGGUUUUCCAGUCACAGGAAGGUAUAUCAUGUCUGAUGUGCUGCAAAAUUGGCAAUGGUGUGACCUCCUCGAAAGUUUGGGACUAUUUCUAGCUGCCUUAUUCCCACUGCAACCCUGAUUUGAUUAUGUUUAAGAUUUUAGUUCUCCUUUCUUUAUCAACGAGUCAAGUCUUUAACUAGUGUGCACUUGUUUUAAACCUGGCAUAUACCUCAUAAUGUAGGAGGCUGGGCUGAAUUUUGAGAUGGGGUGAGCAGUAUUGACCAGUGCAGGCUAUUAACUUUUGUUCGGGCACAACGUGAGUGCAUUAUUUCUAUUUAGGAGGGAAGAUGUUCGGUUUCUCUUAGGCUGCUCUCGUCGGUUACCCAGGACGUCGAAUGAUGUUUUGUUUCGUUACCCGAACUGCUCCUGUUUAUCUGCUCUCUGAUGUCAAUGUUGCUGUUCAUCCUAAUUAUUAUUAUUAUUAGUUAUUAUUAUUUCGUUGACAUUUGUAGUCAUGAUAACAUUGUAUACAAUACUGUAAGAGAUCCUUUUGAGAAUGUUUCCCUCAGCCCCGCCCUCCCACGAGCAACCCAACAGUGUGUUUAGUGUAACAUUGAAAAUUUUGUAAAUUAACGUUUAAAGAAAAACUGUAACUUUUAAUAUGGGUGGUUAUUGUGGAGAGAUGGAGGAAGGGCAUUCAGUGGAGGAUCGGGCUCAUGAUUUGUUCUCAUGUCAUGUAAUUGUUAUUUUGUAGUUACUGAUUUCUUGCUCUUGUACAUUUUUUUUUUUUCAUCGGGGGAUUGUAUGAUUUGAAAAGAUAUAUUGUGUAUUGUUUUAUUGUGUAAAAGUCUCUAUCCCUCCCACUUUCUUGGAUUUAAUUUCUGUGGUUCCAUAAUUCAUAAUAACGGUUUUUAAUACCACGAUGUAACAUUUAAUUCCUCCUUUAUUCAUUUUUUUUGUGUUCUUUUUUUUUCAGAAUUGUAAUUAAAAUGUAAUCAGGGUCAAUUAAACUGGUUAAAAGCCAUCUGGCUUCCGCAGCUUUUCUUUACACCACAAAUGCAUCAGUGGUGUAGUCCUUGCUAUACGCACGUAUACUCAGUAUGCCUACUUUUUUCAACGAGCUCUUUGGGUAUUACGACAUCUGAGGAUCAUACUCUCGGUAUACUCACUUGUUUUGGUGAUUAGACUUCCCUAAUUUUUGUGUAUUGAGGAUUUGAGUUUUUCGAAGAUCACAACAAAUCAACUGAAUGAAAUCUCGCUGAAACGUUCAAGUAAAAUGAUAAAACAGCAUGGGUGUCGCUUUAGCCCUCCUAUGUUUCCAUUCAGCCCCUCUAACACCUCUGCGAUUACCUGUACAGUACUAAAUGAUCGCCUCAGUCCCCUUUAAAUUUGAUAUAAAAUCGGCAGCAGAAUCCUGAUCCUGAACUCGUUUUUUAGUUAGUCAGCAAACCACAGCUGUGCAAUGUGUGUGUGUGUGU